UAUUUCUCUCUCUCUCUCUAUAAAACAAAUUACAUAAAGAAGAAGAAGAAAGUUAGCCGGAAAAUGACGAACUUGGUCGGAGUUGAUCACGUCAGCAUGAAUCUGAAGGAAACUGAACUCUGUCUUGGGCUUCCCGGAGCUGAGGCGGCGGCGGCGGCGAAGGUUAGCGGGAAGAGAAUGUUUGCUGAAACUGUUGAAUAUUUGAAACUCAACAUUGAAAGUGGAAAUGAAUCUUCAAAUGACAUGGAUCUGAUUAAGAAGGAAAAGAUGUUAACUUUGGAGAAGAACAAUCAGAUUCUCGAUAAUGAUCAUGCCAAACCACCCGCCAAGGCGCAAGUGGUGGGUUGGCCUCCGGUGAGGAACUAUCGUAAGAACGUGAUGUCGACAACAACUACUCAGAAGAUGAGUAACACUGAGGAUGAAAAGGCGGUUAACAUGAGUGGUGGUGCAUCUUUUGUGAAGGUGAGCAUAGAUGGGGCGCCUUACCUUAGGAAGAUGGACUUGAAAAUGUACAAAACCUAUCGCCAACUGUCGGAUGCAUUGGCUAUGAUGUUCUCUUCUUUCACUGUUGGCGAUUGUGGAUCUCAACAAGGAAUGAUUGAUUUCAUGAAUGAGAGGAAGCUGAUGGAUCUUCUCAAUAGUUCUGAGUAUGUUACUACUUAUGAAGAUAAGGAUGGUGAUUGGAUGCUUGUCGGAGAUGUUCCUUGGGAGAUGUUUGUGGAUUCAUGCAAACGCUUGCGUAUCAUGAAGGGAUCUGAAGCAAUUGGUCUUGCGCCAAGAGCUAUGGAGAAAUGCAAGAGCAAGAACAGGAGCUAAUCGAAUCGAUAAAAUACGAAAAGUUGGGGGGUGUGAUGCAAAAUUAUUGUGAAUGUGUCUUGUUUGUGAUCUGUCUGUUGUUUGAUAAUAGAAUUAUUUUUUAAUAUUAUUAUUAUAUAUAGGAGUAUUAUUAUGAAAUUAAUAUGUGAACCACUUUGUUGUAAUGGAGAAGAUGAGAAACUUAAUUUGCUAUUUUAUGGUAUGUCUUUGUUCAUGGUCA